AUGUCAGCUUAUCAAGGUCACCAAUACGGUGAUGGUCAAAUGACUUCCAACGCUGCAAAUCAUGGAGUUUAUCAUCCUCAAUAUCAUCCUCAAGAGCCAAUGAUGCAUGCUCCCGUCGGAAAUGGUGUUAACAAUGUCAUGUCUGCACAAAUGGCUGAAGAGGCGGCUUACUAUAACAUGAUGAAUGCAUCCCGUAUGGAUGCCGGUGACUAUGCCGCAGGAGGCUUUAUGCCUUUGCCACAAGCACCUCGUUUGCCUGUUGCAGCUGCUCGUGCUACCUCGAUGGCUGCGAUGUAUUACGAUCCUACAUUGCAUCCACAGCAUGCAUAUAGCAACAACGUUUCCGCUCCUGCUCCAUGGGCAGUUCCUUAUUACAAUCCUGCGAAUGGCCACGCAAUGGGAGAGUAUAAUCCUUCGGCUCCUUUUCAACAUCAACACGUUGAACAUCAAAUGAUGAUGCACAAUCAAAUGAGCAGAUCGCAUCAACAUCCUCCGCAGCAGCAAGUGGACCCACACACGUACGGAUCAGGCAUUUAUUCGAAUCCCGCUCAACCAAUCACAACAGACCCUUCUCAUCUUGCUGCGGGCAAUCAUCAUUUGGAUUCAAAUUAUGCGCACAAUCCAGUCGUAUCAUCUGCUUCUUACUAUGGUUUAAACGCGGCUACGGCGUCUGCGGCUCCGCAACAAUUUUAUGACUGGGAACAGCAGCAAUUUGCAGGAGGAGCAGAUGAGUAUGAUCCUGCGAACGCGGCAGCGUAUCAUCGAAAUAAUGCAACAGUAGCAAAUGAUCCUAGGCGUAAUUUGACUUCCGCUGGUAUCCGAUCAGAGAUGACCGGAUCAUAUGGAAUGCCGCAUGGCCAAGGCGGCGAAGGAGUAUAUGGCGAAUUCCGAAAUGUACAUGCAUUAGAUCAACCGUAUCAUCCUGCUAAUGCACAAGCAGGAUGGCCUUCGACAAGUUACCCCGGUAACGGUCAAUGGCACGAUGUCAACCAUCGUUCACAGCGUCAUUCGAUGCAACAUCCUCAUCAAAGACAUCCUCAUCAUCAACCACCACCAUCCUCACAUGGCGGUAAUUCGAUGUGGUUUAGAAAAGGAAUUAAAACGAAUGAACCUGUCUGGACAGGCCAUGAAAGCUCCUUCCCCAUAACAAGUUCUCAAGCUCAACCCAAUCCACACUUCGUGUCAGAGGCACAAAACUGGCAACAUGCAAGACCUGAUCAAGGGUAUGCUCCACAGCAUCAGAUGCAUCCACUUCAAGGACAAUUCAAUGCUGAUGUGACAGCCGUUCCGCAUGCGCAAUUCCCACCAAUGGAUCAAAAUGCAAUUGUUCCAGCACCCGUACAAGAUGCUGAAGCACAAAAAGCUCCUCCUGCACCAGCGCCACCUUCGCCUGAUACGUUAGACAAAUCAGCCGUUCCUGUCUCCUCUGUAGGAGCUGAGAUCAUUUGGGUUGCAGCAGCUGCAUUGUUAGAUCCAGGUAUGUGGGUCCGCGCUUCUUUGAACAUCAAUGCAUCCAACAGGAACAGAGUUCGUAGCGGCAGCGCCAUGUCUGAGACGUCUUCAAACCCAUCUCCAUUCACUUCGCCUUUGACGGAUUCUCAUGAUCAUUGGGAACAAGCAAUGGACAUGUCAACGCAAGAUACAGAUGUCUCAAGAGCAAGCUCCAGCCAACAAUCUGCGCAUCGCAAGAAUGUCAAAUCGAAUGAUCCAUAUGAUGAAAGCAGUGCGAGCAGCUCAGAGCCAGGAACGCCACCAACAUCUAUCCCUUCGAGAAUAUGGGAAAAAGAUGGACGACAUGAAAAGCAAAGCUCUUUGAGUGCAUUGCAUGGCAUGCGCGCUUUGGAGUUGUCGAACGACUCUCGUUCAAGUCAUCGAUCUGUCAGUCCGAUGAAUGUGCAAAGUCCAUCUCAAAGAUCGACAUUCCAACGAAGUGCUUCGUACGAUCGAGCACGCGAAGCUGUUGUCAGCAUUACCGACUUGCUCGAUCGUGAUUGGAGAUGGAGCUUGAAUGAUGACAAGUUGGAAUCUCUUGGUCAGUCACAACGUCCUGAAGCUCAUCAAAAGGUUUCAAACGGCCGUCGUUCAUCAUCAUCAUCACGACGUGAAGACAACGGUGUUCAUGGAGGCGGUGCAAGCAUGCCUGGUACUGAGCCUAGUCCUGCUUUCCGCCGCUUUGCUCAUCAAGUGUUGGCACAAACACUUGUUUCGCCAACCGCAUUCAUGUUGAGUUUGAUGUACUCUCUACGAGUGUUGCAUUUGGCAAUUCAAACCCGCUCUGGUAAGCCAUCUUUGGAUCCCGAAGCUGCAGAGAUCUUUGCUCAACCUCCUUCCGCUGCGCCUUUCAAGUUGUUCACUUUGGGACUGAUGAUUGCGAACAAGCAUUUGGACGACAACACUUUCUUGAACAAGACAUGGAACGAAGUCACGGGUAUUUCACUGGCUGAACUGAACCGUGCCGAGAGAUGGUAUUUGGAGAAGAGCAGUUACGAGAUCACCGUUCCCGAAGAAACAUGGGUCUCAUUCUUGAAACAGUUGCAUCUUCGAACGGAACACAAGAUUUCAUCAUUGGCAUCUGCUAAGCGCAUUCGCGUUCCUACCAAGCAGGCACCCGAUAGUCUUCGUCGUCAAGAUUCUUAUGUUGUUCCGCAUGCAGGCAGUGAAGAAGCUCAAAAGCGCUUCUUGCUCGGUAUCGAAGAUGCACUGCAGGCAUUAGGUUACGAUAAUGUUUUCGAUCUGGCGGCCAACAAUGCGCAAGGUCGAGAAGAGAAUAAUUUGCAUCAUUGUGCUCCUAAACCGAAAGAUUCUCUCACUCAUCUCCAUCACAACCAUCAUUCAGCGCCAGCUGCCGAUCUGAUGCGUUUGUCCAAGAACGCAAAUCAAGAAGGAGAGUUUGACGUAUUUGAAGACGAGAAUGGACCUUAUCGACCACACAGCGCCAGUAUUCGUAGACUCACUGCGAAUGGAGUUGAUGGCAAAGACUUGAUCAAGAAGCGAUCAUCUCAAGCAACCCUUGGUGGAGAAGCGGUCUUGAGUAGGAGUGUAUCCGAUGGUAUCACUCCAACAAUCUCUUGUGCCCAUGAACAACAACGCAUUCAAUCAAAGCGGGAAAGCAAAGCAGAAAUGCAUGCCCCUUUGGCACCAUCGGUUUUGUUGGAUCUUUUGAACAGAGGUCAACAUCUAGCGCACGCUGCCCAUUGA